AUGAGAGAAUUUGAGGUGCAAAGGAUGAAAGAGUCUAAGACAGUCAAGGAUUACACAGACAAAUUGUUGGGUAUUGCCAACAAGAUAAGGUUGUUGGGUGGUGAUUUUGCUGAUUCCAGAAUAGUUGAAUUUUUUUUGGUAACGAUGCCGGAGAGGUAUGAAGCAUCUAUAGUCUCAUUGGAGAACACAAAAGAUCUAUCUAAGAUCACAUUGGCAGAAGUGGUACAUGCUUUGCAAGCCCAAGAACAUCGAAGGUUGAUUAGAGAAGAUCGUGUGGUUGAAGAAGCACUUCAAGCCAAGCAUCAUGACUCUGGGAACAACAGAAAGAAAAAUUUCAAGAAGAACCAGCCAACAAGCAACGAAAAUGGUGCAAACAACCAAAGGUAA